CAUAUCGAAUAUUGGUUUGAUCUCCGGUUUAUAACUUUGGAGGAUGUAAUAAUCCGAAAUACUCUUCAUUAUAAAACAAAAUGUAAAAAUUAUUAAUGAUUGCAUGAACAAAUUGAGACAUCGAGUUCUUUCCAGGAGGCAAAAUGAGUGCUUUUUACUUUUCCGUACGCAAAAGUUCCUAAAUCUGUUCUUGAAACUGUCAAGGUUGAAAGUAAAAUCUGGAAUUUGAGGUCUUCGCUGGAAAAGCCGAUCACUGGACGACGAAGGUCGAAAGGAAGAUGAAGUUGGUUGAAGAUAUGCCAAAUCCUAUUUUUCUCGACUUGAAGCCAAACCGUUUACUUUUAGAUUCGAAAUUCGACGGUUACAAAUUGUCACUCGACACCCUCCCAAUCUACAUCACUCCAUUUUUGAAUGGAGUUGACCGGGUUGGAGCUACAGAUGACCAAUAUUCAAUCCAACAUGCCAAACUAUUCGGCCUCUACAACUGCCUGCAUGGCGACCCCUUCAAUUCAAACGUUUCUUAUGUAGUUGACAGAAAUUGGACCGUUCAUCGUGUUGCAUUUAGCAAUGAAGCCAAUACUUUUGAACCACUGCAGGAAGUUUGGAACAUUCCAACACGGACAGAACAAACUAUGGGCAGGCAUAAUGUGAAUAUUACAUUUCCCUCAGAAAGAUAUGUCGUGGUCAGUGAUGGGUUUAGUACAUUUUUUAUUGUCGAGACUGGAGAUCGAUCUGUGAAUGAAUCAACCUCAUGGAAGAUUGUGCAUGAACAGAAAGAAAUUCAAGAGCACUCCAUACAUAAAUUAGGACAAUUCACUCUUCUUGACUCCAAGAUGUACAAGUCGAGCACACAUGAAGUAUUUUUAGACAUUUUGUUGUUACGUCUCCAGAACAAAAGUGAUACAGACAUUUCUGAAUUUUUGGAUAAACAUGACGGCGAAUUUCUUGCAAUGUCUGCAAACCAUCCAUUUGUGUCUAAGAUUAAUUGGCUCACUUUCAAAGAAGAUGCUGGAAAAUGGAGUUCUGAUUGCUCUCGAACUCUACUUGGGCCAUCAGCCUUAGACUAUGCGUGUUUGGAACGGGAAGGUAGUGCAGUGCUUAUUGCAAGUGAAAAUCAUUUUGCAUUCUACCACGUCUCAAAUGAGCCCUUGAGAUACACAAAGAAAUCUAAAAACGUUAAAGGAACAGAAGUCGAGAAACCUGACUACGUUUGGAUGCAGAAUAAUACUGAAAUCACUAUAUUGUUUAAAAUACCAAUUGGGGCAAGAAAAACUGACAUCACCGUUGACGUAAAGCCAUCUUCCAUUUGUUUGGUUUAUGGUGGUACUCCAAUGUUGGAAGGAGAACUUUUACAAAAUGUGAAAUCAGAUGAAUCAGUUUGGACCAUAAAUCCUCAUAGCGUUAUUGACGAGGACAAUACAGAGGAUAGCGAGCCCUUCGUAUCGGGAAAUUUGUCAACAUUGCAAAGCCAGUACCAAAGUUUGGAAAUUAUCCUUCAAAAAGCUUCUGAAGUUCGAUGGGAAGGAGAGUCUGUUGUUAAAGGAGUUUCAUCCUCAUCACAAGGACAACAAGUCCUUGAUCCUGAAGCAGUAGCAAAUAUUCAAGAGAGAUUGAAUCAUUUAUGUUCCGACAAAUGGAAUGACGACCCACUUCGUACCAACAUUUGUGACCCGCAGCAAUUAGAAGAUUGUGACUGUCUUCCUGCAGACACCACAUCGUUUAUGCGAUUAGACAAAAAUCUACAAUGUAUUUCACAUGUGGCAAGCCUUGGAGGACAUCAGUGGCUGUUUAGCGCAAGGGUUCAUGGUUCUUCGAUCCCCGCAAUGUGUAUUCGCCACGAUGUUGACGGUCUUCUGUGGCAGCCACCUGAAGUUGACAAUAAUUUAUUAGACUCUUGGACCUUGGAGCAUGUUGGAACAUUUUCUGCUAUGGGGUAUGUGCAAGCAUCCAAACAGCAACGCAAAUUUACAGCAUGUCCUCCAGACCUUUCGUAUCUCGCAAUUUGCGAUGCAUCAAAACAUGUAUACAUUUAUCGUCAACCACACGAAAUUGGAUCCGAUUUGAGAAACCGCAAAACUGGACAAAUUAUCAGUCACGUUUCGAAACAACAUGUUGUCUCACUGGAACCACCUCUCGAAAUACUGGGCGCUCAUGCUACCGACGAUUUUCUAUUUGUUUUGACGACGCAAAAUGUUCAUGCAAUUCGAGUUAAGGAAGUUGUUGAUGAAUGAUCAUUUAUAAUUGCUAUUAGUUUUUUGUAAAAAAUUUACAUUUUAUAUCAUUCCACCAAAAGAAUAAAACAUAAUUAUACUUGGAAA